UGUACAGGACUAAAGUGAGAGAGAGGGGGUUGAGAGACUGUGCAGGGGCUGAGGUGUGAGAAAGAGGGGGGUUGAGAGUCUGUACAAGGGCUGAGGUGUGCUGCAGAGUGGGACUGAGAGUUUGUAUAGGAGCUAAGAACCAGUACAGGGGUUUAGGUGUGAGGCAGAGAGGGAUUAAUUAAGGGAGUAUGGCGGUUUGUGAUUCAUGGGCAGAUUCUGGUUUGAGCAUGAAUAGCAGAUGAAGAAUUGAGGGGCAGCAGGACAGAGCAACAAAUUUGGGAUAAUUCCAUAAAUUACAGGAUGACUGGUGUUACAUUUAUAUCAUCUGACACAGUCACUGACGAUAAACAAGAUGAGCAAAUACAGGAAGCAGAUGGCAGAGCAGUUCCUGAGUCAGGCCCUGGGCAUCAUCUGCCUGUUGACCGGAGAGGAAUACACCAUUGUGAAGAAGACCUCACGCAGCAGCAUUCAGCAGCUGAGCAGAGAGGUGCCUAUAAAGUGUGAUGAUGUUGCUGUGUAUUUCUCUAUGGAGGAGUGGGAGUAUAUUGAGGAACACAAGGAGCUUUACAAGGACGCCAUGAUGGAAACUCACCCAACACUAAGGACUAUGGAGAUCCCAGGAAAUGAGAGCUCGGCAGAAUACAGUGAUGAAAUUCUAGACACAGGAGCACAUACAAAACAGAACAUUCAGCCAGUAGAGGCCCAGUCAGAUUUCUCUGCAGAAUUAACAGGUUACAGUGAUGUAAAUCUACACACAGGAGGUGCAGAACUUGUACAGAAUAUUCAGCCAGUGGAGACCUUAUCAAACAUCUCUGCAGACUGGGAGAGGGGUAGAGGGGGGCAAGGGAGCGAUAGUAUAGGUUUAGGUGCUAGCUGGGAUAUUAAGGGUGGUCAGUUAGAAGUAGGUUGUGAAGUAGCUAGGGGAAUAAGCAGCUGGAGGGCUAGUGUAAGGAAUGGUGGUGGCUUCGUGCUACCUAGUGAGGGUAAACCAAAGGGGAGAGAGAAGCGAGUUAGUGUGUCCCACCCUAGGAAAAGUUUAUCUAGAGUAGGGACAGAGGAAGGGAGGCCUGGGUCUGUAGAGAAUCUGGGAGGUGAUAAGAAGACUCAGGCCUUAGGGACAGAUCAGGGAGAGAAGGCUGGUCCCUCAUCACAGACAGGGGGGCACAAGUCUUCUGGUCUUCCUCAGAGGCCCAGGAUAAGGGAGGAGCGAUAUAGUGAGGCUGAGAAAUUGGCUUUGAUUAAGGCAUAUGUGCAGAGAACUCCGCAAUUAGAGAGGCGUAAUUUAGACGGCAACAUUAGAAGUAGACUAUGGGAGGAAAUCAGGGAGGCUUGCGUAAGAGUGAACAAUCGCCAGCGUACCAUGGACAGUAUUAAGCACCGGUGCCAAGACUGUCGGCGGGUGGUGAAAGAGAAAAUUAAAUUGGAGGAAGAGCAGGCAAAUCAACCCGGAGGCCAACUCAUAGUCUAUAGUGGUUGGGAGGAGCUGCUGAGGGAUAAGAUGACUGCAACGCCCAAGAUCCCAGAUGGACAAACAGCUGCAUCUUCUGAAAGGCAGUUGUGUGAAUAUGAUGCUGUGAUUGUAUGUGAUUCAGAAGAAACAGAAGAUCCAUGGCUAAGAAAUAUGACAGAAGUGGCAGAGCAGGAAAUAUGUGAAAAAGUUAUCAUUGGUGAAAAUUAUACUACGAUUUCAUAUAACACAGAAGAAACAGAAGAUCAGUGGUUACAAAAUGUGCCUGAAGCUCCAGAGAAGAAAAUAUUUGACAAUAUUAUUACAGGUGAUGUUAAGACUGAAGUUACACAUAAUGCUGAACAAACAUAUGAUCUGUAUCUAAAGAGUCAGCAGGAAGCUGUGAAGCAGGAAAUCAGUGACAAUAUCAGUAUAGGUGAAUUCACAGACUUCAAAACUCCUAGUCACCGUCAGAGUGCUGAGGUUUCUUUCAAUCUUCUUCAGAAUCAAAGCAGUCACAUGGGAAAUGUAUGUUCUGGAUGUGGGAAAUGUUUUACCUGGAAAUCGCAACUUAUUAAUCAUCAGAAAAUUCAUACAGGAGAGAGAGCAUUUUCAUGUACUGAAUGUGGGAUAGGCUUUAUCAGGAAAUCAAAACUUAUUGACCAUCUUAAAAUUCAUACAGGAGGGAAAUCAUUUUCAUGCUCUGAAUGUGGGAAAUGUUUUACUCAAAAGUCAAAUCUUAUUGCACAUCAGAAAAUUCAUACAGGGGAGAAAGGAUUUUUGUGUUCUGCAUGUGGAAAGUGUUUUACUCAAAAAUCACAUCUUUUUAGUCAUCAGAAAAGUCAUACAGGAGAGAAAGAAUAUUCAUGUUCUGAAUGCAGCAAAUGUUUUACCUGGAAAUCAACUCUUACCAAUCAUAUGAAAAUUCAUACAGGGGAGAAGGAUUUUGUGUGUUCUAAAUGUGGGAAAUGUUUUACUCAGCAAUCAACUCUUAUUAAUCAUCAGAAAAUUCAUAUUAAAGAAAAUCAGAGCUUAAACUCUGAAGUGCAGAGGCUGACACGUAGUUGUCAUCCAUACAAUGUUUAAAUGCUGAUGAUGUCUACAUGUUGUCUUCUGGGUGAGCACUUUUGGGGGCUGUUUGAAGCCCACUCUGCACAUCAAGCAGUGUUUUAGUGGUCCAGUGUGUUUGUCCUCCCUGGGGUAUCCAUAUAGUUUUAAAUAGCCAAGUGAUCUCUUGGUGUAAAUAAAAUGUACAUUUACUGGAGUACAGGUUCAUAGAAGGGAGCACCCAUUUGCAGAUCAGAGUUAUAUAAAUAUACCCAAAGGCCCUCAUUUAUAAUAAACACUUCUUUGAAAUUUGUGUAUUAUAGUCAGGUGAUCACUAACAUGACAGUGUUUCUAUAAUUUAAAUUGAUCAGGUGUACAGGGUAAACCCCUAUGUUAACAUCAAAAGUGCAAGAGGUUUUCAAAAAGGCCUUGUAAGGAUUAAGGCUGUGACACACUGCAAGCAGAGCGACGUGCAGCGUGUAGAUGCAGCUGUGCGCGCUCAGUGUGUCUUGCCUUUUCAUCUCUGAGCACUCUGCUGCGUCAGGUCGCGUAGCUAAGCGCUCAGAGAUGAAAUAUUUGAACUUCAGAAGCGAUGCGGAGCAAAGCAGCUGCUUUGCCUCGCACCGCAUCGCUUGCAGUGUGUCACAGCCUUUAGAAUAGCCCCUCUGGUUGCAUGAAAUGUAUUGAACAUAAAUAAAAUAAAACAAAACAUUAUAUAUAUAUAUAUAUAUAUAUAUAUAUAUAUAUUGUCUUACUUUUGAUUUUCGGUUGCCAAGUCAUAUGUAAAAAUACUGAAUUAUUUUCUAUAUUUUCUACUUCUGUGUUUGGAAGGUUACCUAAUACAAUUAUAGAUUCACAAAAGUUUUGACUGUAGACAACUUGUACUGUAUUGUUUAGAGGUGCAUAUUUUCACACCUUUUUGUUUUAGAUUUCUCAUAAAAUAUUGGUAUUGUUUGAAUCUGCUGGAUGUGCUUAAAAAAAAUUAUUGAAAAAUCGUAAUAAAGUAAAAAAUAAGG